AUGUCCUGGCAGACAAAAUGUGUCUUAUUUAUUUCAUGGAACGCUAAGACGUUUCACCAGGCACGAGCAAUAUUUAUCAUUCUGCAGCUGGGAUUGAAGACAUCUGGAGCCAUCAAGAGGAUGAGAUGCAUCCUCCUUCCACUCCAGAUCCUGGCUUCUGUCUGGCCCACUCACACCAUAGUUGAUACUUGCGAUGUUUGCGGAAGACACCCCUUAGUGCCAGGACAUGGCCGAAGUGAGCAGGUGGUGGGCGGAGUCGAUGCCCAGGCUGGGGCGUGGCCUUGGGUGGUCAGCUUGCAGCUCCCCACGAUAACAGGACACAAGCACAGCUGCGGAGGCUCCCUCGUGUCGGGCCGGUGGAUUCUCACUGCGGCCCACUGCUUCUUGAACAAAAGGGACCUUCCGCACUGGCGUGCAGUGAUCGGCGCAUGGAAGCUUUCUUCGCUGGGCUCCGAGGUCCAUGUGCGCUACAUCAAGCGAAUAGUGAUCCACGAGGACUACCAGAGGACCACGGAAACCAGUGACAUUGCUCUGAUGGAGCUGGACCAGCCCGUGAAGUGCAGCAACUACAUCCAACCGGCUUGCUUGCCUGACAUGACCGUCACCAUCUCUCUCCUAAACCACUGCUACAUCAGCGGCUGGGGCAUCCUAGGAAAAACGGCCAGGGAAGUGUCCGACACCAUGCACGAAGUGAGGGUCAACCGCUUCUCUGUGGCUCAGUGCAACAGCAGCAGCUGGUACAACGGGGCCAUUGAGGAACACACCCUCUGUGCAGGUUAUGAGGAAGGAGGAGCUGAUAUCUGCCAGGGAGACAGUGGCGGCCCCCUCAUGUGCCAGGAAGAAGACUCUCAACCGUUCUGGAUCAUUGGAAUCACCAGCUGGGGCCAGGGCUGUGGGAAAGCACACAAGCCGGGGGUCUAUACCGAUACCCAACACUUCUACCCGUGGAUAAAGCAGUUGGCGGGCCCGAUGCCUCAGCCCCCGCCCACACCCAUGCCCAUCCCCACCAUCAAGGUUCCAGUCCAGAGUGAGUCGACUCCUAACCCAACCUCUUCCCCAAUCAGCUCCCCUGCAACUCCCGAAGCCACCAAAACCCCAGCUGGACCCCCCACUGUGUUGCAAACCACUUCCCCAAAAAAUCCUUUGGUUUUUUUCUGGCCUCCAACCACGGCACAGCCUCUACGUCAGCCUAAAGCUCAACCUAUGUCCCAGUCCACCUCUGGCGUCCCGUCUAAGCCCACAACCCAACUUCAUGCCGAAUCUCCAAACACAUUAGAAAUUGAAGUCGUAUUUCAACCCGCCCGGGCUCCAUCUUCACCUCAUGCUAAGCCUUCAUCUUCUUCUCCAACUCCCACAACAUCCCAUGUCCCGUCACCUUCAUCUUCCCCUCAUGCCAAAGUCCUGCCUGAAUCCACAAUCCAACCCACGGCCACCCCUCUGCUUGAAAUUGAAAUCGUAUCUGAGCCAGUAUCCAAGUCUCCACCUCAGCCUCCAUCUCCACCAAAGGCGAAAGUCACAUCUCUGCUUGCAUCUAUAAUUCAAUCUGCACUGCAAACCUCACCCCAACCUUCAUCUCCAACUUCAUCCAAGGCUGAAAUCCCAAGUCAGACAACAUCCCAGGUCCUGUCACCAAGUCACACAACAUCCCAGGUCCUGUCACCAAGUCACACAACAUUCCAGGUCCUGUCACCUUCAUCUUCCCCUCAUGCCAAAGUCCUGCCUGAAUCCACAGCUCAACCCAACACCAUUCCUCUGGUUGAAAUCGAAAUCGUAUCUGAGCCAGUAUCCAAGUCUCCACCUCAGCCUCCAUCUCCACUGAAGACUGAAGGCACAUCUCCACUUGCAUCUAUAAUUCAAUCCGCUCUCCAAACCUCACCUCAACCUUCAUCUCCAAGUUCACCCAAGACUGAAAUCCCAAGUCAGACAACAUCCCAGGUCCUGUCACCAAGUCACACAACAUCCCAGGUCCUGUCACCUUCAUCUUCCCCUCAUGCCAAAGUCCUGCCUGAAUCCACAGCUCAACCCAACACCAUUCCUCUGCUUGAAAUCGAAAUCGUAUCUGAGCCAGCAUCCAAGUCUCCACCUCAGCCUCCAUCUCCAUCGAAGACUGAAGGCAUAUCUCUACUUGCAUCUAUAAUUCAAUCUGCACUGCAAACCUCACCCCAACCUUCAUCUCCAGCUUCACCCAAGGCUGAAAUCUCAAGUCAGACAACAUCCCAGGUCCUGUCACCUUCAUCUUCCCCUCAGGCCAAAGUCCUGUCUGAAUCCACAGCUCAACCCAACACCAUUCCUCUGCUUGACAUCGAAAUCGUAUCUGAGCCAGUAUCCAAGUCUCCACCUCAGCCUUCAUCUCCAUUGAAGACUGAAGGCACAUCUCCACUUGCAUCUAUAACUCAAUCUGCUCUCCAAACCUCACCUGAACACAAAACCCAACCUCUUCCCAAGCUUGAAGUUCCAACAGAGGUUGGCUCCACAUCUCAAACUGAAUCCCAACCUUCUCCUGAAACAAAACCAGAACAUGAAGCUCCCCAUCCGUCUACAACUACACCUCAGCCUACAUCCAUAACUCCACCUCAACCAUCUCCUCAGACUGAACCAGAACGUGAAGCUGCAACUCAGCCUGUGACUAUAAAUCAAUCUACAUCGGAAGCCCCAACUCGGUCUGAGACCACGUCUGAACCAGAAUCUGAAACCACAGCUCAUGUGGUCAUCGUACCUCAACCUACAUUGGAAGCCCCAACUCAGUCUGAGCCCCAAUCUUCUCAUCAAACCACGUCUGAACCAGAAUCUGAAACGCCAGCUCAGGUGGUCAUCGUGUUUCAUACAACAGAAGCCCCAACUCAGUCUGAGCCCCAAGUUUCCCUUCAAACAGAACCGAAAAUGGAACCUAAAGUUCCCCUUGAAUCCACAACACUCCAUCUGCCACCUGCAACUUCACCGCCCACAUCUCAGUCCUCACCAGAAACUACGCCUCAACCCAAAACUUCAAGCCAACCUCACUUCCCCCAGACCCCAUCCCAGCUUCACAAGGGGCAGGAAAUCCUGCCCCUCAUUGAAAUCUCCCACACGGACAGCACCGUGUUUAGGUUCUUGAAGGUGAUUAAGAAGUUCUUGCACAUCAUUAAGAAGGAGAAAAACGCCAUGUGGUUCUGGCCCGAUUUGUCAAACCUGAAACUCAUCAAGGACGCGGAUCUGGCUUCUGUUGAGGACGAGUUGGACAGCCUAGCCGAGGAUGACGAGUCCGGGUGAACUGGAAAGAGACCCAGCAUGCCUUUGGCCCACAGGUGUGCCACCAAAGUUGUGAACUCUCGGCAAUGCCAGCGACAUCCUUCGGGGAGCUGUGGCAGCACACUUGUCAAAACCAGAAAGUUUUGUUCAGGGCUCUGCUAAUCUCACGUGCGCUGCGCCUUUGGGGCGAUUUUACACAGCUCAGGAUGGUGAGCUGAGCUCUAUCCAUGCCUGGUGCUUCUGAAGCAGGAGUGUGGUGACCACAGGCAGGGCAAGACCUGCAGGCUGCACGAAAACGGAUGCCCCGAGGCCCCUGCGUUUAACCUUUCCCUGGGACCUCAGCACCGUCGGGAGAAGGCAAAGUAUUGGGUUGCGUAAAUAUCUUGUUGUGCAUACAAGCAACCCUUAACAGGAAGAUCAACUUCUACAAAGGCUAAGAAUUGGAAUCUAUAUACAUAUAAGUUUAAAUCCUGUUUCCCUCCCCCCUCCCCAGUUCUUCUUUGUGACAGA